UUAGAGUUGAAUAGUUGUUGAUUCUAGAUCAACAAUUUUGAGAGGAGUGCUGUUGUUGCACUUUGUAAAUACUAGUUGAAGCAAUAAAGUUGAGAGCAUUCAAUCUAUAGAUUCUUCUUUCAUCUACCGGUAUUUCUCGACGAUCUGAUUGACGGCACAUGAGCAACGCGAUCAAGUUAAUUUUAGGAGCGGCGUAACCAGAUUGGCGGCAUAGGAUGGCGUUACCAGAGGUAAUCGCAGGAGCGGCUAACCAGAGGUUCAAGAAAAGAGGAGGUCCAAUUCGUUGCUUUGCAUGUGGAGGACUAGAUCACAUCCGAUCUCAUUGUCCCAAGCUCAGGAGAGCGAAGAAGGACGACAAUGGAGACAAGUUCAAGGAUGAUAAGCCGAAGAGUUCAUUUAGAGGAAGGAGGUCAAAGGAAUCUUUCAGGAAGAUAUUGGAUCAAGUCUGCGCCGCCUUUGAGCCACUAAGCGAUGUAGAUGGAGAUAGUGAAGAAGAUGAAAAUAAAGGAAGGCACAUCUCCGGUGUUUGCCUCAUGUCGCGUGAUGAAUCAGAAUUAAGUGAGGACAAUGAGAUAAAUUAA